AUGGACUUCAAGAACUCCAAAACCAACCACUCUCCUUCCCCAUCCAAGCCAAGAAGAAAGCAACAAGACCAGCAGCCCCAUCAACAAGAACCCACUAGGUUUCUUGGUGUUAGAAGGCGCCCAUGGGGUAGAUAUGCUGCUGAAAUUAGAGACCCUUCCACUAAAGAGAGGCAUUGGCUCGGCACCUUCGACACCGCUGAAGAGGCCGCCUUAGCCUAUGACCGAGCAGCCCGGUCCAUGCGUGGCUCCAAGGCUCGCACCAACUUUGUCUACUCAGACAUGCCUCAUGGUUCAUCAGUUACCUCCAUUAUCUCUCCCGAUGAAUCCCAACUCUACCCUCCAACUCCUACUCCUACUUCUUUAACUCCCCUAUCUCAACCCAACCACCUCUGCUUCACCCUUCACGACGACCCUUUCUCCACCAGCUCAUUCCCGGGCAACGACUGGUUGCCCGACACCAACUCUUACCAACCCGUCACUGCCUUCAUGGACACUGGCAUCCCGCAUGACGACGCCGAGCUCCCUCCGCUCCCACCCGACGCUUCUUCUUCCUACAACGACUGUGCCACUAUGAUUGAUUGGUCCACCGCCUCCCCCUCUUCCUCUUCCUCGUUUAUGGCAUUUGAUUCGAACGCGGUUUUGCCACCCUUUCCCGACACAAGUACCGACGCCUUCGGAUUCGGUUCCUCAUCACCUUACUUCUAUUGAGCUAUAUAUAUUUUUUUACUUUAUGAUCAGUUUAAUGUUGUUUAAGCUACAUAAGGUGUGUGUUUUUGUUUUUUCUUUUUCUAUUGGAAUGGCGGCACCCAAGCUCAGAAACUGUCUGAUGUUAUAUAUAUUUAUUUCUGGAGGAUAUCAGUAUAGUAUCUAUUACCACUG